GGUUUUAAUAGCUAUCAACUUCCGCCUAUCUGACGUGUAACAAAAAUCAAACGUCACUUAUAUCUGCUAGGUUAAGUUAAUUCGUAUAAAUUAAUAUUUACACGAUAGAUACGUGUGUUCAAAAUGUUGGAUUUAUUUACAAUAUUCAGCAAAGGCGGUAUUGUUCUCUGGUGUUUUCAAAGUACCUCGCAAAUAUUCACGCCUAGUGUUAAUGCAUUAAUUCGCAGUGUUAUUCUGCAGGAACGAACAGGGAGUCAGUCAUUUGACCACGAUUCGUUGCGGCUUCAGUAUAAGCUCGAUAAUGAAUUUGAGCUUAUAUUUGUGGUUGCUUAUCAAAAAAUUCUGCAAUUAUCUUAUGUGGAUAAAUUUCUAUCUGACAUUCAUUUGGAGUUCAGAGAUCGUUACAAAAACGAACUUCAAAAGGCACAAUGGUUUUAUGAUUUCAACUUCCAAAAAAGUUAUGAGGCAAUUCUAGUAUCAGCUGAGCAAUGGGGCAAACAUCAGGCGAAACUUCCCAAACAAAUGCGUACUUUUGACGAAAGUUUCAAAUCUAAGAAAACUGUUGCUAGUAUGAUUGAGAGGAAGGAUGAUAAAGACAACAAGAAGCAAGUGAAAAUUCAAGAACCGGUAAAAAUUGAUCCACCGAAACCAUCCCCAGUUACAAAUGGAGAAGUAGACGAGGAUAUUUUGGCUGCCAAUCGGCUAAAACUUGCUCAAAAAAUGGGAGGGCCUAAAAAGAAAGCAGACAAACAAAAAAGUCCGAAGCCAGAGAAGGCUGGGAAAAAGCCGCGUAUCUGGGAAUUCGGAGGGACUAACAAAGAUUUGGUCAAUUUAGAGCGAACAAAAGAUAAACCUGAAGAUAUGGAGAUCAAUAUUCAAACUGAUACGACUAUCAUUGGGCAAAUGACAGGUGGAAUUCGUGACUUGGAAGUAGAAAGUGAAUCCGAAGAUGAGUCCUAUGAAGAGGAAAUUGAAACUACAAAACCAGAGGUUCAGAAGAAGUCUGGGGGAGUAUUUUCGAUGUUCAAAGGCCUUGUCGGUAAUAAAUCCCUGUCUAAGGAAGAUAUGUUGCCAGCGUUAGAUAAAUUGAAAGAUCAUCUGAUCUCUAAAAAUGUUGCUGCUGAUAUUGCAUACAAAUUAUGUGAAUCAGUAAGCAUUAAACUCGAGGGCAAAGUCUUGGGAACGUUUGACAGCGUCGCCAAUACCGUAAAAUCGACUCUCACAGAAGCCUUGGUACAAAUAUUGUCACCAAAGAAACGAGUCGACAUACUACGCGAUGCAUUUGAAGCUAAGAAAAAUAGCAGACCUUAUGUUAUGGCAUUUUGUGGCGUUAAUGGUGUUGGAAAAUCAACCAAUUUGGCUAAGAUUUGCUUUUGGUUGAUCGAGAAUAAUUUUAGAGUCCUGAUCGCUGCAUGCGAUACUUUCAGAGCUGGUGCUGUUGAACAGUUGAGGACGCACACGCGUCAUCUGAAUGCCCUUCAUCCACCUGAGAAGCAUAAUAACCAAACGAUGGUGCAACUCUAUGAAAAAGGUUACGGAAAAGACGCCGCUGGUAUAGCAAUGGAAGCCAUACGUUUUGCUAGAGAUUCAAAGAUCGACAUAGUCCUUGUCGAUACUGCUGGCAGAAUGCAAGAUAACGAACCAUUAAUGAGGGCGCUGACUAAGCUUAUUAAAGUCAAUGAACCAGACUUGGUGCUAUUCGUUGGUGAAGCUCUUGUGGGCAACGAGGCUGUAGAUCAAUUAGUUAAAUUUAAUCAAGCCCUGGCUGAUUAUAGCAACGCCUCUAAUCCACAUAUCAUUGAUGGCAUUGUAUUGACUAAAUUCGAUACGAUCGAUGAUAAGGUUGGUGCUGCAAUAUCUAUGACGUACAUUACGGGUCAGCCUAUAGUAUUUGUUGGAACCGGUCAAACUUACACGGACUUGAAAUCCCUCAAUGCUAAGGCUGUUGUUCAUGCCUUGAUGAAAUAAAUGUAAAUUAAUGAAGCUGAAUCAAUUUGUAAUAUAAAAUCAUCAGCACUUAGGUGUCAUUGGUUACAUUUUACUAAAAUAUAUCGCUUUAAUCAAUUUUAGAGUAAAUAUUAUACACCGAGAUAGAAAAUUUUAAUAUAUCCAAUCAACCUGCAUCUAAUGCAUCAUCGAUUUGGAAACCUAUCGACAUGAAGCGCGAAAAUGUAUUCUUUUUAAUAAUUAAAAGGGUGGGUAAUAUGCCGCUAUGAAUUUGGAUUCUAGCUGUAAUAGGGUAUCGUAAUGUUAGAUGACGCCCUUAUUUAUUGUAUAGAUAGUUUUAAACACCAUUUUAUAAGAAAGUAAACUUAAAUAAAGCCGAAUGCAGAUCCUA